AUGGCUAGAGGAAUGGCCAAGAAGCGCCUGGAAGGCCAGGAUGCCCUGGCUAAGCUCCCGCCUGUGGAGGCGUAUAGCUUCAAGAGCAUGAUGGCCAACAUUGAGGCAGAGGAGGGAGAGAACAACAUCAACGCCGACCUCGAUCGAAUUGCCGAGAUAUGUGCCCGAUCGCGAUACUCAUUGAGUAAUCAGUACGAGGUUCAUGUUGCACCUCAUGGAUCCGGCGCAUCUUUCAAGAGCCACGCAUCGUCUUCCAGGCGCCAGCGCCAGAGUGCUGGUCCAACACUGGAAGCCGUUGUGUCGGAUGAAGAGCGCAGGCACAAAAAGCGACGGAGUACUGGUAGGAGGAGAAGCAUAGCCAUGGGAACCCUGGAGACGAUUAUGUCCUCCAGUCGGUCUUCCGAGGAGGACAAGUCAAAGAAGAAGUCGGCCGCAGAGAUCACCGCUGAGGUGCGAGGCAGGGCCGCACGCAAGUCUUCAGGCAGCACAACGCCCACGUCGUCAGUGAGCGAGGGCGAGGGACAGUCGAGCAAGGAUCAGAAGAAUCAGCCGCCACCACUAGUCAGGAGGAAAUCCUCAUCAUUCGCCACGGCCAUGUUGGAGAGCACACGACAGUCCAUGGCCGCUAACAAGCCUGCCUCACCCCGAAGCUCGGCAACAGCUUUAGUCAGCGAGCCGGCUUUGCCAAAAACGUCGACUAGCCAUCUUGAAGUUCGGACGGAUGUCGACGAGAGCGUGGCCCAUCGCCAUGUCCACAAAGGAUCGGACGAAAGUCAUCGAGCCGACGCAUCUGGGCCCCAGCACCACGAGACAUCAACCCAGCCUGAUCAGACGAAGACACCGACGGGUCUCUUGGCCGGGCUGACUGGAUGGGUGCCGUGGAGAUUGCCGCCCGUCGUGGGACUUGGCUCAGCCUCUGCUCAGGGCGGCGUGUCGAGAAGCCAUGCUGAGGGUAGCUUACGCGAAUUGCUCAAAACGGCGGAAUUCAAGAACAAGGGGAAGGGCGUCGAAGGUCCGUCAUGA